AUGUACAACAAUGAGUACCAAAAGACCGUGCUGGGCAGAAAGAGGCCAAGGCCUACCCGAAUGAUGAAAUUACUGAUAACACAAACGUUAUGGACUAUCUCAAAUUCUUUUGUCCACGUCACCAUUCCCCUGAAUCGCUUACAGCAAAUGGAAAAUCGAACUCAUCGGAAAAACGCCGAGGCAACCCGAAGAUUCGCCCAAUCCGACGAAAUUGCUCAGUUUAUGCAAAUUGCCAAGGAAGAACGCGCUCGCGCCGUACAGGCAACCGAGGACAAGUACAAGAGAGAAAUUGCCGAGCUAAAAUCUGAACUUGAGGAUAUGCAGACUGACAGUAUUCUUUUCACUUCUAGCGUCCCAGAUACAUCGAAGGCUUUGGCCGACGCCCAGAAAAGAAGGGCUCGUGCUGUACAAGAGAUGGAAAAACGAUAUCAAAGCGAAAUUCAAAUGCUAAGGGCCAAGUUGGCAGAAUACGAGCGUAGCAGUCCGUCGGCACCUACUCGCCACGCAUCAUCAGGGUCGUCGGUACCACCAUGGGACGAGAGCUUGUACCAGACGGAACUUGCAGAAAAGGUGCGCGCGUACCACAAAUUACUGUCCGAUUACGUCGUCAAAGCCCAGCGAGACAAGGCUUUUGCUGUGGAAAUGGCAGAGGCGAGGCUAACAGCCAAGUACGAGAGAAUUAUUGCUGAGUUGAAAGGAGAAGGCAUGGAGAGCGACGGCAUAUAA